GUCACCGCAGGGGAACAUUUUCUUCCUUCUGCAAUCUCGUACACUUCCGCCGUUGGAUCCGACGCUCUCAGACGCCGAGCCCCUCGAAUUGCAGCGCUCAGAGAUCCAUUUUACUUACAUAGAAAGCUAAAAUCACCCGCGCGGAACAGAUUUUACGUUCAUGGCUCUCAAUCUUCGUCAAAAGCACACAGAAUGUAUUGCUCGAAUGUUGAAUCUGAACCAACCCGUGAACGCAACGGGCACCGCAAACGAAGAAGUUUACAAGAUCUUAAUUUACGAUAAGUUUUGCCAAAACAUUCUCUCACCAUUGAUCCACGUCAAGGACCUUCGAAAACACGGCGUGACCCUCUACUUUCUUAUCGAUAAGGAUAGAAAGCCAGUCCAUGGAGUGCCCGCGGUAUAUUUUGUCCAACCAAAUCAAACCAAUAUUCAGCGGGUCAUUGCUGACGCGUCCCGGUCACUCUAUGAUAGUUUCCAUCUCAAUUUCUCCUCUUCGAUUCCCCGCCCGCUGCUUGAAGAACUUGCAUCCGGGACGUUGAAUUCAGAUUCGAUUAAUCGGAUUUCGAAGGUACAUGAUCAAUAUUUGGAGUUUGUGACGUUGGAGGAUAGCUUGUUUUCAUUGGCCCAGAAGUCCAGUUAUGUGCAAUUGAAUGAUCCGUCUGCUGGGGAUCGUGAGAUUGAAGAGAUUGUGGAGAGGAUUGUUACUGGGUUAUUCUGUGUUUUGGCUACCCUAGCCGUGGUUCCUAUAAUCAGAUGCCCACGUGGUGGGCCAGCUGAAAUGGUUGCCUCCGCAUUGGAUCAGAGACUGCGGGACCAUUUGUUGUCAAAGAACAAUUUGUUUACUGAAGGUGGGAGUUUUGUGAGCUCUUUCCAGAGGCCCAUUUUGUGUAUAUUUGAUAGGAAUUUUGAAUUGUCAGUCGGGAUACAGCACGAUUUUAGGUACCGAGCUCUUGUUCAUGAUGUUCUUGGAUUGAGGCUCAAUAGGUUAAGUGUGCAAGGUGAAAAGGGUGGGAUGAGGUCGUAUGAGUUGGAUAGUUCAGACCCCUUUUGGGUGGUGAAUGGGUCACUUGAAUUUCCUGAAGUUGCAGUGGAGAUUGAGUCUCAAUUGAAUAAGUAUAAGAAAGAUGUUGAUGAAGUGAAUAAAAGGACCGGUGGGACUGACGGGGCUGAGUUUGAUGGGACAGACUUAAUGGGGAACACCAAGCAUUUGAUGAAUGCAGUGAACUCACUGCCUGAGUUAACAGAGCGGAAGCAGGUUAUAGAUAAGCACACCAAUAUUGCAACUGUUUUGUUGGGUGAGAUCAAGGAGAGGUCGCUUGAUUCUUAUGCAAAAAAGGAGAAUGACAUGCUGGUCCGAGGGAAUAUUGAUCGGAAUGAGCUGCUUGGUGUGCUUAGAGGGAAAGGGACAAAGAUGGAUAAGCUGCGGUUUGCUGUCAUGUAUCUGAUCUCUUCAGAAAACAUUAAUCAGUCAGAAGUAGAAUCAGUGGAAGCCGCACUUAGAGAGUUUGAGGUUGAUACUAGUGCAUUUCAGUAUGUGAAAAAAUUGAAGUCGUUGAACGCCUCAGUGGCAACAGCAAAUUUAGCUAGCAGAAAUAACAUCGUAGACUGGGCUGAGAAAAUCUAUGCUGUGACAGCAGGUGUGAAGAAUCUGUUAUCUAGCGAUAGGCAACUGGCAUUGACAAGGACAGUGGAGCUCUUGAUGGACGGGAAACCUAACCCUGAAAUUGAUAGUUACCUAGUAUUUGAUCCCCGUGCUCCCAAGUCAAGUUCUGGUACUAGUCAUAUGAGAGGACCCUUUAAAGAAGCUAUUGUCUUCAUGAUUGGUGGUGGUAAUUAUGUUGAGUAUGGGAGCUUGCAAGAGUUUGCACAGUGUCAGCAGCCUGUCAAGCAUGUUAUAUAUGGAGCGACAGAAAUUCUCACAGGAGUGGAGUUUGUUGAGCAGCUUACACUGCUGGGGCAUAAGAUGGGAUUUGGGAGUAAUGCUGCUGCUUCAACUCGGUGAUACAGGUGUGUUUUAUUGCUCAUUAAAGAGUGCUGUCUGACAGUUUAUGGAUGACAGAGGAGGCAGUGUACGAAGUUGAGGACAUAGUGUGGGGAAUUGAAUAUAUAUUUGAAUCUGAUUGUCUCAGAAUUGAUGCAGAGAUUGUUGUGCUAUCCAUUUCUUUCUUUUUUUUCUGAGGCAUUCAUGCUAAUAUUCAAACAAGACUUGAAUCGACUGUCUUUGAGGAUCUUGAACUUGAAAUGUAUGCCAUUUUUUUAUUAUCUUUCAUCAUAGCAUAUAGGCUUCCACCAUUGAAAAGCCAUAUUUGUGUU